AAGGAUAAAAUAUUUAAUAAUAAUAAUAAUUUUAAUAAUAGUAGAUAUAAUUAUAAUAACAAUAAUAAUAAUAAUUUUAAUAAUAAAAUCUUUUAUAAAAAUAACUAUAAAAAUAAUAAGAUUAAUUAAAAGAAAAUGAUUCAUAAUAAUUAGAAAGCUCUUCAUAAUAAAGAUAACAAGAAAAUAAAGUUUAAUAAUAAUAAUUA